AGUUCCCUCCCUUCUGCCUCCCCUCACAGUGUCGGUCUGAGCCAGUGGAGGCUGAGGGUAAGCCCCUGCUCCACGUCUUUGGUUGCGGACUGAACACUGAGCCGAGGGGGGUUUGACAGCAGCGCAGUGAACGCUAGUUCUCGUCCCUGCUGGUCGGGGUACGAGUAGGGAGCUGGUCUCACCUAAUAGAUGUGUCUGGGACACUCCAGUCUAUUUAUUACUUUCUUACCAGUUACAGUCAGUUACACAUAGAUCAGCGUGAUGGAAGUAACGGGAGGAUACAGGGUGGACAGAGAGCAGGAGCUGAGGGCUGAGGGAUACGUGAAGGAGUUCACACGCCACUCCAACGACGUGCUGCUGAACCUGAACGAGCUCCGGCACCGCAACAUCCUGACCGACGCCACCCUGGUUGUCGGCAACGUGCACCUACGGGCGCACUGUGCCGUGCUUGUGGCCUGCAGUGGGUUCUUCUACUCGCUGUACUCCCGCCGUGUGCUGCUUCAGGGGCGUGGUGGUAGUGUUGGCAGCGGUGGUGGUGGGGAUCAGCUCAUGACCGUGUCUCUCCCAAACACCUUGGACCCGUCCAGCGUCUCCCUGCUGCUCGACUUCAUGUACACCUCCCGUCUCCCUCUGACACCCAGCACUGUCCCAGGGGUGCUCGCUGUCGCAACCUACCUGCAGAUGGACCACGUGGCAGAGACCUGCAGGGACUUCAUGCACCUGCACUGCAGGGAGAACAUGAGUGCAAGACACCUACGAUUGGAGCUGGACUCCGGUGUGUCUGUAGCCUCUGUAGCCCCCAAAGUAGGAGACCUGCCUCAUCCAGGACCAACGCCAGGAGCAACAAGGGUCCCUGCAGAGGGUGGGGGCUCUCAAAAGCAAGGGGCUUUCCCGUCCUGCCAGCCCAGGUCAAAGCAGCUGAAAGGAGAGCCUGAGUCGCCCCUCAUGAGCAGUCCGACCCCGUCUCCAGACAGCCCCGCCCGCUCCAGCUGCCAACCGAGCUCUCCAUCCGAGUCCAACACCUGCAACAAAAACCUUGUGAGUGAUACCAAAGCCACACCAGACCCAAAGGCCUGCAACUGGAAAAAAUACAAGUACAUUGUCCUCAACCCUCUCUGUGCUGCGACCACAGUGAAGGAAGAGGAGAUGGAGGAACCACAAAGUCAAGCAUCACCCAUCGUGGAGAGGAUGGGCUUGACGCCCAAAACCCCAGCAGAGGCGUGGUCUGGAGAAGUGCCUGGUCAGAUUGAUAGACAGGGGCAGGCCUCCUGCUACGAGGGUUCUGGCCGAGCCCCUCCCCUCGGGCCACCCCCCUCUGUGGAUUCCCCCACUCACAAGGAAAGAGCAGCUUCAACCUGCACCAUUUUCCCAAAACUGGACCCCACUGAUCCAGAAGCCGCCCAUCACAACCAACAUGCAAUCAAGCGUGAGAGCUACUAUGUGCCCUACUGUUAUUCUGGAAACCCUCAAGGAACCAAGGCUACCUGCUCAGGUGACAAGCCGUACCGCUGUAACGUGUGCGGCGCCCAGUUCAACCGACCGGCCAACCUGAAGACUCAUUCCCGCAUCCACUCGGGAGAGAAACCUUACCGCUGUGACACCUGUGGCGCAAGAUUUGUUCAGGUUGCCCACCUCAGGGCCCACGUCCUGAUCCACACAGGUGAGAAGCCCUACCCCUGCCACACCUGUGGCACCCGCUUCCGCCACCUGCAGACUCUGAAGAGUCACCUGCGCAUUCACACUGGAGAGAAGCCUUACACUUGUGAGAAGUGUGACCUACACUUCCGCCACAAGAGCCAGCUGCGUCUUCACCUGCGCCAGAAACACGGGGCCGUCACCAACACCAAGAUCCGCUACAAGGUCCUGACGGAGCCCUAUCAGCCUCUUCUGCAGGCCUGCUGAAGAGGAUGACCUGCCACUCAUUAAUCAUGACAAACAGAAUAACAUCUGAAUAAUAUCAAAAUUUGUUACAAAAUGUGAAAUUUGGUGAAUGAAUUAACUUGUGAUUUGCCUCUGAUUCAGUGAGGUUCAGCAACAUAAAACUGAAGGCACAUACUUUUUAAUUGGUUUGAUAACUAGGUUGAACUUCAUGUGUAAAGUUAAAAUGGAUUACGUCAACAUGUUGUUGGACAAGGUUUGGAGUUUGGAGAUAAUAUAAAACACUUCAGCAUUAUUCACAUGAAUCUUAGAGAUUAAUUAAGAAUCCUGGUUGGCUUUUCUGAGAUGGAGAUGAUGUUAAUAGAAGUGUUUUUGAAGGUUUGUGAAGGGAUAGAGAGAGGGGAACGAGAUACGGAAAGAAAGAUUUUGAUUUGAAGGUCGUGUGUACACUGAAUUUGAAAGAAUUGUGAGUAUGUGAGCUGUUUGAAAGAAAGAUAAAGCAAGUUCUAUGAAGGAGAAGGGGGUGAAUUUUGAAGUUUUUGGAGUAAAUAAACACUGGUUUGAAGCCUGGAGAAGCACUUAAUAAUUGUUAAGAUACUGAAGUUUUCUUCUUAAACAUGUAUUUAACUCAGAUUUAUCUUAACCUUGAGGCCUGGGGCCUGUGUGUUCUUAAUAUGCAGUGAUAUCUGCUUUUAUGGUCCAAGCAGGCAAAGGACUUAGCUGUCUUGUAGUGAAUAUAAAGUAUAACAAUUAAAUGAUAUAUUGUUUUCUGACAUGAGAAAUUGAAAUGAGACGACUGUAAGCAAUUGGAUAAUUAGAAGUAAUGUUAAAUUUGUAUGUGUUUGAGUUCAUUUGCUGGACAAAGGUGGUUUUUUACAAGUUAAAUUAAAUCAUUUUUAUAUCAAUUGGA